CCUCGUGACGUCCUGCUCCUUCAGUGACCUUCAGGGCCCCGGAGACGUUCGGGAACGGAAGUCCUCUGCCUGUGUGCUGAUUGGUUGCGCGCCGAGGCCGGCCCCGCCCCCCGCCUUCCGGCUCCCUCAGCAGCUGCUGCGCCCGUCCCUGGUACUCGCACGUCUGAAGGCCGGGCAGCCCCGUCGCCAGGAUGCCGCGCGGAAGCCGAAGCCGCACCUCCCGCAUGGCCCCUCCGGCCAGCCGGGCCCCUCAGAUGAGAGCUGCGCCCAGGCCAGCACCACCCGCUCAGCCACCAGCAGCGGCACCCCCCUCUGCAGUCGGCUCUCCUGCUGCUGCGCCCCGGCAGCCAGGUCUGCUGUCCCAGAUGGCAACCACUGCAGCUGGCGUGGCUGUGGGCUCUGCUGUGGGGCACACACUGGGCCACGCCAUUACUGGGGGCUUCAGUGGAGGAAGUGGUCCUGAGCCUGCGAGGCCUGACAUCACUUAUCAGGAGCCUCAGGGAAGCCAGCCGGCACAGCAGCAGCAGCCUUGCUUCUAUGAGAUCAAACAGUUCUUGGAGUGUGCCCAGAACCAGGGUGACCUCAAGCUCUGUGAGGGUUUCAGUGAGGUGCUGAAACAGUGCCGACUUGCAAACGGAUUGGCCUAAUCAAGAAGUUCAAACUAGAGAAACGGAAAACCAGCUCUCAUAACCAACCUAAUAUAAAAAUUUAAUUAAUAGUGAAGGUGUAAAGUGUAGCCAUCAGUUAAACCUCUCCUGCCAUUCCUAGCUUCCUUGCUUCAGAAUUGAAAUGGAAGUGGGUGUUGCUACUCUGUAGAAUUUGGAGCUGGUCAGAUGUUUGUGUGGCCUCCUUAAACUAGCUGUUAUGAUUUUAUUUUUUGUGAGUUAAUUAGAAUAAAGUGAUUCUCUUCCAAGAUGUGA